AUUUACCUCUCUCACUGCUGUAUUUGUAGGUCCAAAUAAUCACAGUGAUGUUACACUUAAGGCAUCCACGGCAUUCCUCGGUAUGCAAAGCUAACACACUGACGCCGACAUUCAGGAGAUGACUGCAAAGUGUUUUAAAAGCACCAAGAAAUGGAGGUUUCUGCAGGCGUUGGAAGAAGAACAAACCCUGCCGCUGGUUCGGAUGGAGGGGGAUGAAGGUGCAGGGAGGAGGUGUGAGGUGCGAAUGGUUGUUGGUGAAAGGCGGGGUGGCCAGUUCAGGAUGCAUCCAACCUCUUGCUCAGAGUCAGCUGGGAUAGGCUCCAGCUUACCAGUGAAAGGUCUCGUGCAACAGGCUGCAGCGCCAAUGAGAAGACAAGCACGCUGCCACCUGUAACUGCGCCCCCGCUGCAGACUUUUGCACGACAGCAGCGAGGAUGAAGAAGCAGAACGUCCGGACACUGUCGCUCAUCCUCUGUAUGUUCUCCUACUUGCUGGUGGGCGCCGCCGUUUUCGACGCGCUCGAGUCGGAGACGGAGAGCUUCUGCAGGCGCAUCUUGGAGCAGAAGCGCAACGACAUGAAGAAGAAGUACCGCUUCUCUGAGGAGGACUACCGUGAAAUCGAGAGGGUGGUGCUGCAAGCGGAGCCCCAUCGCGCCGGGAGACAGUGGAAAUUUGCUGGUUCUUUUUACUUUGCAAUUACAGUCAUCACCACUAUUGGUUAUGGCCAUGCAGCACCAGGCACAGAUGCAGGAAAGGUGUUCUGCAUGUUCUACGCAGUUCUGGGCAUCCCUCUGACUUUGGUCAUGUUCCAGAGUCUGGGAGAGAGGAUGAACACAUUUGUGCGUUAUCUCCUCCACAAGACCAAGCAGUGUUUAGGCUUUAAACUCACCGAGGUGUCAAUGGAGAACAUGGUUAUAGUGGGCUUCCUAUCCUGUAUUGGAACACUCUGUGUGGGGGCUGCAGCUUUCUCACACUUUGAGGGAUGGAGCUUCUUCCAUGCGUACUACUACUGUUUCAUCACACUUACCACUAUUGGAUUUGGUGACUUUGUAGCCCUGCAGAAAAAGGAGGACCUUCAGGAGAAAACCCCUUACGUGGUUUUGAGCUUCAUGUACAUACUAGUGGGGCUUACAGUGAUUGGGGCCUUCCUGAACUUGGUGGUGCUUCGUUUCCUCACCAUGAACAGUGAAGAUGAGAAGAGAGAUGCUCAAGAAAGAGCAUCACUUAAGAGGGACAGAGGCCUUUUGGAUCGGGCUUUGGGUCUCCGUGUUGUGGGCGAUCACAGCAGAAACGACCGAAGGGGAAGAAACAGACACAACAUGGGGUACAGUCACAGCCAGAGUCCACUCUUCCUCCCAAUGGAGGAAGGAACCAGCCGCACUAACCUCGUCUCCUCAGCGGAGGACCACGAGAGAGGGCCGAGAAGCCCCUGCAGACACAGGCUGCAGUUUCAGGUGACGGCAGAUACACGGAAGGCGGAGUCGAGGCUGAGCUCUCUCUGUUCCUACGUCUGCUACCGCCUGGGCAUUUGUGAUAGUCCUCUCGUGGCCCGCGGCCAACGCAAAGGCCGCCAUGUUGGUUCUGUUUACUACAACUCUGUCUCCUAUAGGAUCCACAGCAGCUCCGUAGGCUCCAGGGACAAUACUGGGCUCUCUUCCCCUGGAAGCACACACUCACCGGGGCAUUGCUUCCACCAAUUCCCUCGUCCAAGAAGGAAGUCAUUGUGAAAGCAGAAGAGGUCUGCUUUUUUUGAAAUUUGUACCUCGUUUGGGAAUAUUCAGGAAGGAAUUUUAUUUUGUAAAGAGAUACUGAGGUCACACAAUAGUUACAUAAGCUGCUGCUUUCCUUGCACGUUGGCCAAGCGCAUGCUGAAUUUAAUGUUUAGCACACAAUGUGGACGCAUGAGUGCUUCUGUUAGAUAUACAAUGUCUUCUAAUCCACAUUUUAUAUGUUUGGACAGCACUUCUUAAGCUCUGUACAGCUGUUCUGUGACAUAAGUGAUUCAUUCACAGUGAUUCUUGCAUCCGCUUGGGUCUCAGAGUUCGUCGGAAAUUACUUUCAUCAUUUAAUUAGGUUCAAGAACUUGAAUCUGCCUGUGGAAGACAUGAUUUUUCAGCUAUGGUUGGCAUUGUCAGAGGUAUUAUUGUGAUUGUACUCACUGGUGGUAGAUAAGUGAGUGAGUUUGUUUUCUGUGCAAAGUUUGCAUGUUCUGCCAACAUUUUUCUAAUAUUUGUUUUUAUUUGAAUGAAAGGAUUAAAAUAUAACAACUAUUGAUGAUGAUGCGGUAUACUUCUGUGCCAAUGUCAAUCAACACUACUACAAGGCACAUAUUCUGCUUUGUAUUGGGUCUCAUUUGACAGAUGAGUGUAUACUUUUAUAGUGUUUUUUUUUUAUUUUUAGAAAGCCUUAAUGAGUUUAGACCCAGCACAUGAGAAAUGUGGCUCCUAAUAGCUCAGUGAAUUUAAUACAGCUUACAGUACUUUGUAUUACAUAUCAUUGGGGCCUUUGAUUAGCAUUAAUGCACUGCAAUGUAAACACUGUUUUCUAUUUAAUGGAUGUAACAGAUAACUGAUACAAUAUGUAGCACGUUACCAGUAAACCUCCCAAUAUCUUUGAAAAAAACAUGACAUGGAGGUGUGUUAAAUUG